AUGGACAGGGGAAAUUGCUCCUCGGUAACAAAUUUUUUUCUCUUGGGAAUUACUGAUAACCCGAAAGUAAAAGUAACUCUGUUCUCUGUAUUUCUAAUUGUUUAUCUCAUUAUUCUCCUGGCAAAUUUUGGAAUGAUCAUUUUAAUUAGGAUGGAUUGGCAGCUCCACAUGCCAAUGUAUUUUUUCCUUAGCCACCUCUCUUUCUGUGAUCUCUGCUAUUCCACGGCAAUUGGGCCCAAGAUGCUGGUGGACCUAAUGGCCGAAGACAAAUCAAUUCCCUUCAUUGGCUGUGCUCUGCAAUUUCUCAUCUUCUGUAUCUUUGCAGAUUCUGAAUGUCUGCUGCUGGCAGUGAUGGCCUUCGAUCGGUACAAGGCCAUUAGCAACCCUUUGCUUUAUACAAUCAAUAUGUCCAACAGAGCGUGUUUCCUACUCUUGGCUGCAGUUUAUCUGGUAGGAAUGACAGAUGCUUUAAUACCUACGACCUUGGCAUUCCUCUUAUGUUUCUAUGUAUCUAAUGAGAUUAAUCAUUUCUUCUGUGACUUUCCUCCUCUCCUAUUGCUAUCUUGCUCAGACACACAGGUCAAUGAGCUGGUGAUAUUCACCAUAAUUCGUUUCAUUGGACUGAGUACCAUUUCAGGAGAUCUUGUCUCCUAUUGUUAUAUCGUCCUUUCAGUCUUAAAGAUCCACUCUUCUGAGGGAAGGUUCAAAGCAUUCUCCACCUGCACCUCCCACUUAACUGCAGUUGCAAUUUUCCAGGGAACUGUGCUCUUCAUGUAUUUCCAGCCAAGUUCAUUCUACUCUCUAGAUCAGGACAAAAUGACCUCAUUGUUUUACACCCUUGUGAUUCCCAUGUUGAACCCUCUGAUUUAUAGCCUAAGGAACCAGGAUGUGAAAGAGGCCCUGGGAAAGCUGAAAAAUAAACUU